UAUGUGAGUGUUGACAUUUAAUUAAAAGGAAAAUAGUAGAAAGUAAUUAAUAAUAAAGAUUCGGAUAGGUCAAUCUCGAACAUUUUAUUUUUUAUUAAUUUCAUAAGUAUCUGUCUUAAAAAAUUGUCUCAUGAAGCAUUCAUCAAUAUUAAAUCCAUACACGUAGAUAAUCUAUUGUUAAAUCAAUCGAUUUUCAAAUAAAUCGAUUAAAGAUUGAUAAUAUUAAUUAAGAUUUUAUAAUAUACAACAUGAUACAACACAUGGAAGGUAUAUGAUGUUACCUGUAGGUACUUAAAAAUCCUACCUGUUAUAUAGCUUAGAUGGCUUCACCGUCUUCCAAUCAUGAAGAUAGCCUGCCUGAAGGAUGGCAGGCAAGAAAAAGUCGAAGUACAGGCAUGACAUACUAUUUAAAUAAACACACAAGAAGAUCUCAGUGGGAAAAACCAGAGCGGCCAGCAAGCCUUAAUGAUGAUGAUGAUUCCAAUGGUGCACCAGAAGAAGUGCGAUGUUCACACUUGCUAGUGAAACAUACUGAUAGUCGUAGACCAUCUUCAUGGCGCGAAGAUACCAUUACUCGAAGCAAAGAAGAAGCUUUAGAGGCAUUGAAAGGGUUUCGCCAAAAAAUUGUAAGCAAGGAAACUUCACUUGAAGAAUUAGCAAAGAUUUAUUCAGAUUGUUCAUCUGCAAAACGUAAUGGUGACCUUGGACGUUUCAAGAGAGGACGCAUGCAGAAGCCUUUUGAAGAUGUAGCUUUCAAGUUAAGGGUAGGCCAGUUAAGCCAACCUGUUGAAACUAGCUCUGGGUAUCAUAUUAUACUGAGAACUGCUUAAAGUUUUAACAUAUGAACUUUUAGAUAAAUCUUAUAAGAUUUUUUGAUAUUAUUAAUGUAUCAAUUGAUACAUAUUUUUUGUAAUCUGAUAAAGUUUAUAUGUAGAUCUGUGAGGCUUGCUUUAUUUUCUGUUUAUUAGGUACUUUGUGUAUAUGAACUAUAUUGAGGCAAUAUUGGAAAAUGAAUCAAGUAAAUUGAUACACAAUAUGAAUAAAAUAUUCUUCAGAUUUAACCAGACUUACAUUUGAUGUUUAAAAUUCUCUACUGUAGGGUAUUUUGUUUUACUCAUCUUACAGUAUUGUCAAAUAUUUUCUUGCUCUUUUCCUAUAUCUAUUUGGGGUCAGCGUGAUAUUUGUUUUUCCAUUUAUCUCUAUUUGCAGUCAUCUACUUAGUCGCUUCCUUUCUGGCCAUGGUAUCUUUUCUUUCACGGUCCACUCAUUUCUUUAUUUCUCUGUCUUACUUAUAAGCACUCACAUUCUUUACCUUACCUUUAUAUAUACGUAUACCUUUCUUACUACAUUAUCUUCUUCCUUCCGCAUCAUAUGCCCAUACAACUGCAAAAAUUACUUCUUAACUUCUCGAAUACUGGCACUACUUUCAAACUUCCUUCCUACAUUCUUUGUCUUAUCCAUUCUUGUCACAUCACACAUCCAUGUCAAUAUUCGCAUGUCAGUUGUAUUUCAGAUCAACAGAGAACAUCGACAUUCAGAUCGAUUUCUUCAAAUCCAAUAUUUUUUCGAUAAAAAUUAACAUCUGUUUGAUUUCUUAUAUUUUGAUGACGAUGAGAUGCUUAUCCUAAAAGAUUUUAAUUUUCAUAAAUUUAAAAAUACUUUAGACACAAACUCCACUUAUAGAGAGAAAUUAUAUAAAGCAUAUUCAAACGAUAAAAUUAAAAUUUAAUUCUAUGGUAUUAUUUUUUUAAUAGUACAUUACUGCAGCGUCCAGCAACUGUGGCAUUGAUAUCAGUAUGUGUGUUCACAUUUGCACGUUCGUCCAUCAAUGCCUCAGUUGCUGGCCACUGCAGUAAUGUACUAUUUCUACAAGUAAUUUAUAAAUUAUUGAAAUUCGUAAAUGACAAAUAUUUUUUCUUUUAUUUAUUUGUUUAAUUAUGUCAUUGCUAAUCUCAUCUUUAUCGAUCUGAUCCAAGACUUUAAGAGUUCCGUAACUAACAUAUGGCAGCUGGAUAAUAUAUUUUUAUUUUCUUACUUAUUAGAUAUUUGAACGUUGAUUUAUUAAUUUCUUGAGUGUAGAAAAAGGAAGGUAUGGUAGUAAAAGAAAUUAAAAGUCAAUGGCGUUUGUGGUUCCUCAUGGUUAAUUUUAUGUCAUUUCUUAGUUACUUUAGUUAUUCUUUUAUAAGAAUACGUGUAGAAUGCCAAAAUACAUAGUUAUAAUUUUUAGAGAAAGAUGCCUUUGUGUUAUAACAGAGGUGCUCAUAUACUUCUAGUUUUGAUAAAACAUCGAUUUAUUUACAAUUACAUAAUAUUUUGUAUAAAUAAGCAUUCAUGGAAGGUGUCAUUUUCUCUUAUAACAGUUUUUCGUUUUAUGGAUAGCAUAGUAUUGUGGGCAGUUUAUAUUAAGAAUUACUUACUACAUACUUCUAGAUGUAAGCUCUUCCUUCUUUUUUUAUAGUUUAACACACUUAUUCAUAAAAACAUCAAAUGUCUUAUGAACAUAUUUUAGCUAUUGAAUUUUUUCUUUUUCUUUUGUGCUAAAUUCUCACUUUGAAAGAAAGUGACAAAACAGUGUAAUAGUUAAAGCAGAUUUGUAGUAAGUUUUGGUUUUUAUGAAUAAGGGACUAAGUGUAUUUCGAUUCGUUAAAAAUAAAGGGCAUAUGAUACGAAUAGGGAGAUCAAAUAAAACUCUAUUGUAUCAUGGAAAAAAACCCGAAUUUGUAAAUGAUUAAGACUAUAAUUAUAUCAAUAGUAAAAAAUGCAGUAAGCGCUUAAUGAUCUGAAGUUUAUAUUAUUUCCCCUGUGCCGAUAGUCUGUAAAAUUAAAUUGAUGGAUUUUUAUUUAUUUGAUAAAAAAAAGAUAAUUUGGUUUUUAUUGUAAUUUACAAUAAUACAUUUUUUAAGUAAUUAGUAUUUAGAUUAUUUGAUUUAUAUAGAUAAAUUUUGCAAUACUUGUUAUAAAUAAGAGUGUAUUAUAAUAUAAAAUAUGAAUUUAUGUUGUUGCUAUUUUUAUUGUUAUAAAUGCUUAAUAUUUCGUAAGAUUUAAGUUUGUAAAAAAUAAUGACUGAUAAAAUUAUUUUCUUUUA